CAUCUCUAUCUAUUUAUAUCCUUUGAUACAAAUAAUUUGAAGCUUAAACUGUAAUUGGAAUUAAAUUCAGAAGAAAUUGAAACAUGGGUCAUGGUGAAAAGGGUAGACACAGUAAGAAGCACAAAUCCUCUAAGGACGAUCAUAGGAGCACAAAUGUGGAAGAUGAAGAUGUUUAUUACGGUGAAGAUAUGGAGGAUGAUCGUCUGGAUGAUAGGGAGGGGAAAAAGAGAGAUUUUAGUAAAUUGGAAUUGAAAGUUGACCAUGCGAAUCGGCCUUUGUGGGCGUGUGCUGAUGGUAGGAUUUUUCUUGAAACUUUCUCGUCUCUAUACAAACAAGCGUAUGAUUUCCUCAUAGCUAUUGCUGAGCCAGUUUGCAGGCCGGAGUCGAUGCAUGAAUAUAAUUUGACCCCUCAUUCGUUAUAUGCUGCGGUUUCAGUGGGUCUUGAAACUGAAACCAUUAUAUCCGUUUUGAAUAAGUUGUCUAAAACAAAGUUGCCUAAAGAGAUGAUUGAAUUUAUACAUGGUUCUACUGCAAAUUAUGGCAAAGUGAAGCUUGUGCUUAAAAAGAAUCGCUACCUUGUUGAAUCACCGUUUCCAGAGGUAUUGAAGAGGCUGUUGCAAGACGAGGUUAUAUCUCGAGCCAGACUUACAACUGAGGCAUAUGAAAAUGAUGCUUUCACCAUUAGCAAAACUGCAGGAGAAAUUGGAAAUAGUCAUGAUGAGUUGCUUAAUGAAGCAGAAUUGGCAGCUGCAGCAGAAGAGAAAGAAACUCACUCAUUUGAGAUUGAUCCUUCUCAGGUUGAAAAUGUAAAGCAGCGAUGCUUGCCAAAUGCUUUAAAUUAUCCAAUGCUGGAGGAGUAUGACUUCAGAAAUGAUACUAUAAACCCUGAUCUGGAGAUGGAACUGAAGCCUCAUGCUCAACCACGACCAUACCAGGAAAAGAGUUUAAGUAAAAUGUUUGGAAAUGGUAGAGCAAGGUCUGGCAUCAUAGUACUUCCUUGUGGUGCUGGGAAGUCCCUAGUUGGUGUUUCUGCAGCUUGCAGAAUCAAGAAAAGUUGCCUGUGUUUGGCAACAAAUGCCGUGUCUGUGGAUCAAUGGGCUUUUCAGUUUCAGCUGUGGUCAACCAUACGAGAGGAACAAAUUUGUAGAUUCACAUCUGACAGUAAAGAAAGAUUCCAUGGCAAUGCUGGGGUCGUUGUAACAACAUAUAACAUGGUUGCUUUUGGUGGUAAACGAUCUGAAGAAUCUGAAAAGAUAAUUGAAGAGAUAAGGAACAGAGAAUGGGGACUUCUUCUAAUGGACGAGGUCCACGUGGUGCCUGCUCAUAUGUUUCGUAAAGUUAUCAGCAUCACCAAAUCCCACUGUAAACUUGGGCUCACUGCAACACUUGUAAGAGAGGAUGAAAGGAUUACGGAUUUGAACUUCCUUAUUGGUCCCAAAUUGUAUGAAGCAAACUGGUUGGAUUUAGUAAAAGGAGGAUUUAUAGCAAAUGUGCAGUGUGCUGAAGUAUGGUGUCCAAUGACUAAAGAGUUUUUUGCUGAAUAUCUGAAAAAGGAGAACUCCAAGAAGAAGCAGGCACUGUAUGUGAUGAAUCCCAAUAAGUUCAGGGCAUGUGAGUUUCUGAUACGUUUUCAUGAACAGCAACGUGGUGAUAAGAUAAUUGUGUUUGCUGACAAUCUUUUUGCACUUACGGAAUAUGCUAUGAAACUUCGCAAACCUAUGAUUUAUGGUGCUACCAGCCAUGCUGAGAGGACUAAAAUUCUUCAGGCUUUUAAAACUAGCAAGGAUGUGAACACGGUCUUUCUGUCAAAGGUGGGUGAUAAUUCUAUAGAUAUUCCCGAGGCAAAUGUGAUCAUCCAGAUCUCUUCACAUGCUGGUUCUAGACGACAAGAAGCCCAGCGAUUAGGACGUAUUCUUAGGGCAAAGGGUAAGCAUCAAGAUAGGAUGGCUGGUGGAAAAGAAGAGUACAAUGCGUUUUUCUAUUCCCUUGUUUCUACUGAUACUCAGGAGAUGUACUAUUCGACAAAAAGGCAGCAGUUUCUGAUUGAUCAAGGUUACAGCUUUAAGGUGAUAACAAGUUUACCUCCUCCUGAUACUGGUGCUGAUUUAAGCUACUACCAUCGUGAUGAGCAAUUGGCGCUGCUUGCAAAGGUGCUGAAUGCUGGUGAUGACGCAGUUGGCUUGGAGCAGUUAGAUGAAGAUGCCGAUGACAUAGCCCUUCAUAAAGCUCGUCGCAUGAUGGGAUCAAUGAGUGCAAUGUCUGGUGCAAAGGGGAUGGUUUAUAUGGAAUACAGUACUGGACGAAACAGACUUGCUGGCCAGGGUCAGCUUAAGAGUAUGAAACCCAAGGAUCCAACCAAGCGUCAUCAUUUGUUCAAAAAACGCUUCGGCUAAGACAACUAGCAAUUAUAUUGUUACUGUCGUCCAGUAACAAUCUACCCAGAGGGGAUGUAUUUCCUGUGGUAUUAUCAGAAAAGUUCGUGUCCAAUGAAUGAGAAUGAGGACCCUCUUCCUUCGAUGAUAUCGAUGGUGGUUAUGAACAGGCCUAACCCGAACGACUAGGAUUUCCUCAUCAAAUAUCUCUCAUUUCAGUUUCCUUUUUGCUCCACGUAAGGUAUGCGGAGAGAGCUAAUUUUCAUCUCUUCUCUUCAAAACGACUUGUUCAGAGCUGUAUUUUUGUUUGUAAAUGUAAAGCGUCAUAUAGUGUCUGAUUGCGAAACAUAUAACAUCGAUGAUGGUUAUGUUAAUGUCAUAUUGGAAAAAUACAUCCAUGUUCAAAGGUCUCUUUAUGUAGCACGAUAACUGUUGAAAAAGAGGUGAAACGGUUUUUUUUAA